AUGUGCAAAGGAGAAGUUGCCCGUUUAGAAUGUCUUCCAAAAUAUGCUUAUGGACAUUCUGGAUCGCCACCAAAAAUUCCAGGAAAUGCAACUUUAAUUUUUGAGAUUGAACUUCUAAGUUUUGAAGGGGAAGAUUUAAGCCCUGAUCGUAAUGCAUUAAUUACAAAAUCAAUACUCAAAGAUGGAAAAGGGAAAUAUGAUUGUCCUCCUGAACAUGGAAAAGUUAGAGUUCAUAUUUGUGGAAAAACUGGAAAAGGUGAAAACGAACGCAUUUUUUACCAAAAAACACAUUUGGAAUAUACUCUGGGUGAAGGAUUGGAAUAUGGUUUGCCUGUAGGUAUUGACAUAGCAAUUCGAAGAAUGAAUCGAGGGGAAAAAGCAAUUGUUACUUUAAGAGGACAUUUUGCUUACGGAUUAGACCCGCCCCCAUAUUAUCAAAUAGAUAAAAUGGCUGAAGUGAAUUUUACUAUUUUCCUUAAGGGAUAUGAAAAGAUGAGAGCAAAUUGGGAAUUAAAUGAUGAAGAAAAACUUGAAAGGGCCCAAAAUUUUAAAGAUUUGGGAAACGAAUUUCUUAAAGCUGGGAAAUACAAUGUUGCUUUAAAUAAGUAUUCUGCAAUAAUUUAUUUAAUGGAACAUGCAAAAUCUAUGAAAUCUGAGGAGAAAGGAGGGAAGGAAAUGGCUGAGAAUUUUCAACAAAUGUUCUUUUUUGGAUUGUUAAAUAGUGCUCUAGCAAGUCUUAAAAUGGGAGAUACACUUGAGGCUAUUAAAUUUUGUGACAAAGUUUUGGAGAAAAAUGCAACGAAUGUUAAGGCGUUGUAUCGAAAAGCACAGGCAUAUCAACAAAGACAGGAUUACGACGACGCUAUAAAUUAUUUUAAAAAAGUUUUGGAAAUUGAACCAGAAAAUAAAGGUUUUUUAUAUUAUUUAAUAGUUUUCGACACGGGACCAAGCCAAUUUACUUCUGUGAUUGACUAA